CCGCGGCUUCCCGUGGAGGUCUGGGAACGGAUCAUCGACCACAUAGCUACGGAAUGGGAUAUCUAUCAUACUGAAACCGACCAGCCACAUUUGAACACUCUCGCAUCCUGCGCGCUCGUAUGCCAAGACUGGUACUACCUCACGUGGUAUCAUCUUCGUGAACGCGUACAUUUACAAGACCGGAAGGAAGUGGUCUUGCUUUCCAAGACAGUCCGCGCAAGACCUCGCCUCCGUGAGGUCAUUCAACAGGUCGUCAUAUCGGGUGGUUCUCCCGGGGAGCGUCAGCCGAUCCGGCACCUGGGGACGUUUGCCGCUAUGCUCGCGGGCAAGGCUCCGAAUAUGUCGAGGAUCAGCAUUGAAGAUGCUGAGUGGACCAUCGGCUUGGUCCGAACACAUGACAUCGGCUACCUAGCUGCGUUCAACUGCAUUGACACUCUAAACAUCGUUAAUGUCACCUUGUCGAGCGCCGCCCAGCUUCGUCACCUCGUUUCAGCACUCCCGCGGCUUAUGAAUCUAUGGUGC